UGGUGGUGGGAAGGACUAUCGCGCAUCAAUCGCUUCGGUUUGGCACUGGCAGUCUAGCAUCCGUGCGCAAAGCCGCAAAGCGCCAAGUCGCGCGGAGACGAUUCCAUGACAAGUUCAAGAGUUUAUUAGAAAAGAAAUGAUGGAAAUGAAUUGCGAUUCAAGUUUACGGAAUUACAAAAAUUAUUAGUCAGCAAGAUGGUCACCCAAAAGCAAUUAUGAAGUGUCAAGCUUUAAUAGUGAAACCCAGUGAUUCAAAGAAAUUAGGAAAAUAAGCAUAUAGUGGUUCAUAACUUAAAAGUGAAGUUUAAGUUAGGAAUUAAAAGAGUGCCAAGUUAAUUUUUACAGUGUUUUGUAGUUAAUAAGCUUUGUGAAGUGCUGUGAUGGGGGGAAUUGAUAAUUCCGAGCAGCAGUAUUCCCUGCGGUGGAAUGAUUUUCAUGCUAGUAUUUUAUCUUCGUUUCGGCAUUUAAGGGAUGAAGAAGACUUUGUUGAUGUUACGUUAGCUUGUGAUGGCUGCUCAUUUACAGCACACAAGGUCGUUCUGUCUGCCUGUAGUCCAUAUUUUCGAAGUUUGCUCAAGGCUAAUCCAUGCCAACAUCCCAUAGUGAUAUUAAGAGAUGUCCGGGAGCAGGACAUGGAGGCGUUACUAAGGUUUAUGUAUAAUGGAGAAGUGCAUAUAGGACAGGAGCAACUAACAGACUUUCUAAAGACUGCACAGACACUGCAAGUGAGGGGCCUGGCGGAUGUUCCGACCAAAGACCAUCAAAAACUUCUACCAAACACAAACUCACUGCCGUGGCCUAGCAGUAACGAGACCCCUACACCUGUCAACGACAGCCCUCUGUCCCCACCGCCGCCCAAGAGGAGUCGCAGCUCGGAGCAGCACACGCCACUCGUCCACCCAACCACACCGGUGAUCAGCCGCUUCUCGCCCUCGCCCGCCUCUCUGCACAACAGUCUGAACAACCACUGUGAGCCCAGCAAUCGGGAGUCACUGCUCAGUCAAGCGUUGGAGCCCACCAGCAACAACAACACCAACCAGCUGAAAGGGUCUGACUCGUCAGUGCACGCGCAAUCGACGGGAGAGGAGAGCAACUCUUCAGACACGGGGCUCAGUGAGCGUGGAUUGAGUGAGCGUGGUGGGGGUAGUGGAAAUGGGAACGGUGGGGGUAACCCACCUCUGCCCACCGGUCUCGACCUGGUCCACCCCAAGUCGGAACCCCAGGACUACUCGGAGCACUCACAGCCACACCACAACAACUCUCUGGUCCUCGACCCUUCUCGAACGCCCAACUUUCCCGCAGCCCUCCUCGGAUUGCAAGGGUCUACAGGAUUGCUACCAGGACCUUCAGGCAUGCACAACAAUGGGCAGGACAAUAACUUUGCGCGACGAGGGCUGGAUAUGAUGCGUGUCCGUGCUACCGACCCAAGGCCGUGUCCCAAGUGUGGCAAGAUAUACCGAAGCGCGCACACACUGCGCACCCACCUCGAGGACAAACACACAGUGUGUCCAGGCUAUCGCUGUGUGCUCUGCGGUACUGUUGCUAAGAGCCGCAACUCACUACACUCCCACAUGAGCCGGCAACACAGAGGCAUCAGUACCAAGGACCUACCGGUGCUGCCCAUGCCCUCACCCUUCGACCCUGAACUGGCUUCUAGGCUACUCGCUAAGGCUGGAGUUAAGGUGUCAGCGGCGGAACUACGUGCCAGGUCAUCACCAACAGGACCACCCCGUCGCUCAGAUACUCGGCUGGACCUCAAGUCCUCAGGGAGCUCGGUCUGUGGUGGUGAUGAUCCUGAGGACCUCACUGUUCACAACCAUACAGGGUACCCCGGCACUCCACUCUCCGCUCGGUACGGUAGCGUCGAGAUGAGGCCACUGUCACCCCCGCGGGCCCCACUACCCAUGGGACCCAUCAAGGAUCCACGGGGCCCUUCUACAGGGUCGGCAAUCCUAGACACUUACCUGCAGUUCAUUGCCGAAAACUCUCAACUCCAGCUGUCGGCAGAACAGGCAGCCAAGAUGGCAGCGAGAAUGUCCGAGGAGCAGCGCCGACUCGGGCUGGAAGGCUUGGGCAAUCUGGGAAACCUGGGAAAUUUGGCCAAUCACCACCGGGGCAUGAUGGAUAGACCCGAGGACUCGUCAGGAGGAGAAGAAGAUGAGUACAGUGAGGAAGAGGAGCCCGAACCACCAGCCAUCAAAGCAGAGUGACUCCACUGUUCAUUCUAAUCCAUUUAAUUAGUGGAUGGUUAGAUGAAGAGGAUAAUCUUUGAAUUUUCAGUGAACAGUCAGGAAUUGUUCAUUUUGCAUAGAACAUUAGCAUGAUUUUUUUCUCGUCCUAACUAUUUAUUGAUUUUUAACAAUAUUUAAACUCAAACUGAGCCAUGACAUAGUUAAUGGUUUAUUUAUUUUAUAUUUUGGAAAUCAUUGACAAAUAUUUUUAUACAUUGAUUAUGUUGCAUCAUAAUUUAAUUCAAUUUUUUUUUAUUUUAAAUUUUGACAAAAACUGUCCUAUAUUUUUAUAAAUAGUUUUUAUAAUUAAAUUUACUUGAGAAAACUGAUGGUUAUUGUAUCUUUUAUUGUAUAUUAGGCGCUACUGUUUUUAAUGUACAUUUGUGUUGUGGUACACUUCUGUGUUUUAUUUUGUUGUUGUUGAGCAAAAUGAACAUGAUACUGUGAAAUUAAUUAAGAUUUUAGGAAGCAGUUUUGAUGCUUCCACGGCGAUCUCAGUUGGACCUGGUGAAAGACUAGUUGUCGUGUCAGAAUUGUCUGUUUAUAUUUUGUCCAAUGCCAUAUCGACUACCUCACCCCAUUGUCUACCUCAUUCCCCAACUGUACAAGCAGUAUUUUAUAGAGAAUGUUUUCCUUUAUACAAUAUAUUUAUGAGAGUAUUAUUUACAAUAGUAUAUCGACAUAGUUUUAAUGAAACAGACAUAUUCUAUGACAUGCCUCCUGUUUUUUACUUGAUACAUAAUGUUUACAAAUAGCUAUUAAGACUGACAAAACAAAUGUAGAGUUCUCAGCAUUUAAUAGCAUUUCUUUCACCUGUUGUAGUUUUUUACAAUGUUUUUUAUUUUAUUUUAUGUUGUUACAGAUAUUCCGUUGUUUUAUGUCAGGGAUAAGUUUACAAUUUUAUGAAUAGAUUUAAGUUAUCUCUAGUUUUUAUAUGUGCGUUAACGCGUUUUAUUGUAGUGCAAUAAAUCUGUAAAUUUGUUAUGGUUAAUGUACUUACACCUAUUUUUACUGUGUUUUAGUGCUGAAAGUUGUUAUAUUUUAUAUCAGAAUCAAUAUGUCAAUUGAGUUUUCAAAAAAUCCUGUAGAAAUUGUUUUCUUUGAGUUUGUUAGGGAAUGUUUUUUAACUCAGAAACUUAAACCAUAAACUGUACUGAAAUUUCAGUAUAUGGGUGAAAUGUUCAUUUUUAACCUCUGGAAAACAUUUAAUUCACCUUGAUUAUUUAUUACCUUGUAGUACAGAAUUUUUUUUCACAUUUUUUAAACAUUUUUCACUACAUGUUAUACCAAUUGCUGUUUUCUUCAGACAUGGCAAGAAACUGAACAAAGUUCAGCCUUUAUGUCAAGGAGACAACCUUAUAGGUUACCUUUUUUAAAGCUAAGAGCUCAUUUUACAGCUACUUGCAUAAUAUGUGUAGAUUAUUAUUAUCACAUCUUAUUCACAUUUCUCUGCAUUGAAACAGUUAAAAUAUUGACAAGGAAGUGUACGAAUAUUUGGUCUAACCUCAUAUUUGGAACAUUAUCCAUUUUCCAUGACAGAUUUAGAAAUUUCUAUGGUUUUCGAUUGUAUUAAGAAAUAGUUUAAAAGAUUUUUAGGUUGUAAACAUUUCCCUGACUUACUAAUGAAAAUAGCAUGGAAAACAUUUGUAUUUUUGUUAUACAUGUUGGUACAAUUAUUGCACUACAAUAAGACGAGACGUUUGCGCAACAAGACAUGACAACUGGCUGAUCUCAGCUGUAUCAGAUUCCAUAUACUACCUCUUGACAGCUACCUCAGCUCUACUAUAGUACAAGCUCUCACUUCUGCUACCUCCGUACCAGUACUUAACAUGUACAUAUUGUUAUUGGUUCGCCUCACAUAUAGUUUAUUAAUACGUUUAUUGUUUCAUAUUUUUAUAGUUUACACCUAUUGUUUACAUCACAUGCUCGCUUGGGUUCUGCUCUGCUGUAAUCAGUCUUCUUGCUGUUCUAUAACGAUUUGAUGUGACGUUGAGACUAAAGAUCCAUGACGUUUUUAAGAAAUUUCUCCACAACAAUCAAGAAUAAGUACCUGAUCACGUCGUUCACGUGUAUGACGAAUAUUUGUACAAGAUGUAUCUAAAAUUGUUUGAAUUCUCUCGUACCCACGAGCAGUCCACAAAGUUGAAUCAGGGUAUGUCUAUAAGGUUUCCAAAUGUUAUAUUUAUAUGUAGUUGUUGAUACGAACGUCAAGCAUUUAUUUACAGCAAUAUACAAUAUACAGAUGAUAUUAUUACGCUCUCUUUAUCAGAUCUGCAGAGUACAAUGUAGUAUAGUGCGACCACCAUAGUACAAACUCACCCUUGGGCCUUGUACCUUCCUUAUGCUUCCAUGUCACUUGCUUGUAGUCUUGAUACAGGUAUUAGGUUUAGUCAUUGUCCUUCUAUGUAACCUUGAGUACAAAAUGGAAUCUUGCACACAGCUACAUUCGUGUCAAUACCGUUCCCAGUUUAAUCAUGUAUUUUUUAAAGUGUAAAAGUUAGAGAACUUUUAAUCCGUCCACAUUUCAUAUUUAUUUUGAACAUACCUUCAAUGUAGAAUCUCAUAAUGUGCUGUAGAAUCUCAAAGUUAAACUAAUUCUAUUAUUGUUUCUUAUUUAGGAUAAAAAGUUUGUUAAUGAAUAAACAUAAGUAAUGUAUGUCUUCAAUUUUUUUUAAACACCUUAAUUUUCACCUUUAUUUAAAUAAGAACUUAAAAACAAAGCAGUAACUAUAUUUUAAGGAUGAUUGUUACAAAUGUAUCUAAUUGAAUUGAAAAUAAUACCUUAUAACAAAUAAUUAGUUAGAAAAUGGUUGUUAUACAAUUUUAUGUUUGUUCAUUGAAGAAAACGUAAUGCCCCUAAAGCAAUAUUUGAUUCAGUCGUGGCGUAAUAUGAAGAAGACUGAUCGUAGCCUUAUUACAUUGUGACGUAUAUUACGCCAGGACUAGCAUCACAGUGUGUUCACGAGUGUAGCUGUGCGCUAUUCUCAUGCUCCGAUACCUCAUAGUCGUAACGUAGUUUAGACCAGCCAAGUAAAGGGAGUGCUCAAUCUCUUGAAAUCUCAGGUAUUGUACGUUAACAGUACUUCACUCAGUCUAUAUUUUGCGGGUUAUGUUUAAUUUCAGUGCGGGUCCAUAGGUUUUAUUGUGUUCUUUUUCUAACAGUUGUUUAUUGUGUAUAUUUUACGGUUGGGAAGGCCGGUUAUUUGUUGUGUUUGGUUUUAGUUGUAAAUUGUUGCCAUAAUUUCACAUGUAUGUUUAAACGUAGUACUUUUAUAAUAUAUAGCAUCACAUUAUUGUCUAUUUAAUUAUUCAGUUCUAUAAGUAUCACCCUAAUGAAGUAAAUUUGUUUCCGAAUAUCAGUCACUGAAAAAAAUACUCAGAAACAUAUAUUUUUAUAUUUUCUUUUUAUUAUUCCUCUAAUAAAACAUUUAUUGUGGUUUUAUUUUAUUUAAGAAUUUUAUAGAAGGAUUUUUCCACAGACACACAUUGGAAACAAUAUUAUUAACAUUGGUUUGGGCUAUAUUUUUACGUCAAUAAUACAAAAAUUACAUUAAGGUACCCUUGUAUAAUAGUAAAAUAAUUUAAAUUUUUAAACCGUUUUUAAUUGAUCUGUACAGUUAACGUUUUUGUCGUUUGUCUACAAAAAUUAAAUAUAACGUUGAAAUAAAAUAAUAUGUACAGAAACAAUGUUGGUGCACUAGAUGUUACAAAAUACAGUAUAAUUUUUAUAGCAAUAUAACACAAAAGUAGUAACAGUAGGUUCAGAUUAAGUUGCAAGUAAUGGUGGAUAUAUAGUAAGGAAAUAAAUGUUGCAAGUAAGGCUAGUAAAGUAAGUAACCGGUGUAGAUAGUAAAGUAAAGCCAAUAGUCGGUGCUGCUUACUAAGUGACAGAUAACUGUCGAUGUAUAUAUAACAUGGUGCUUCGCUCUUAAGUGUGCUAGUGUAGCCUUGUCUUUUAGUUUUAGAUAGGUUUUGGUUAGUCGUAAGAGCAACAGUACACUCGGUUCCCAUGUUCUUGUCUAUAUACUGAAUUUUAGAGGACACUUUUGUAAUUCAAAAUGUUUUGUUAGAGAAAAAUAUUUUUGAAAUUUUUGUUGGAUAUACUUAGUGUUAGAUGUGUGUUAGAAAUGUUGUUCAGACGUCCACAUAUAUUAAACGUUGUUAGUUUUUUAAGCGACCCUGGAAUGGCCAUUGUGAAAAGCGUUUCUCUAAUGUUAGUGCAUGCUUUUACUAAUGCUCCUUAGUUUUUAGUGAUGUUAAUUUGUCGCUUUUGUAAUUAUUAUUUCAUCGUCGGUUAGGGAUAAUAAUAAUGCCGAGCUUAUUUAAAAUCAAAUAGGAACUUAGAUUCGUGUAUCAGUGCCAUAAGAAUAAAUGUUUCGAUGACGAUUCGUUUCGUUCUUCCUCAAUCGGAUGUAAUUUGUUUUCCAGAAAUGCUUACCGGCGUGUUUUGUGUUAUGUAAAAAUGUGGUUCCUAACUGUAGUUGUGGUCGUCAGAUGUGUUCGCAUGUGCGCUCGUCGUCUGGCGACCGGUGCCUUGUCGUCGAUUGAGCACGUGUCAAGUAGUUAAGAAACGUUAACGUUUCUGUUCACAGUUCCUAUUGCUCCGUAGCGUGCUGUCGCGGUGUUAGGGCGUCGGCGCUGUCAGUUAAUGUUGUUAGUUCGUAAGGUAAUAAUCAUUAUUAUGAUGCAAAAUUUGAACAUGUUGAUUAAUGUUUACAUUAUUGUUUUUAUUUACGUUUGAUAGUGUAUCGUUUAUUGAAUGUUUUAAUUAUACUAUUACUAAUUAUUGUAAUGUUAACUUAAGUGUAUUAUUUUCUCAGAAAAAUCAAACUCAGUUGAACUUGCCAGUCCGGUAGUAUUUGUUAAUUUCAGUGGUACCAUGUUUGUUGUCGACAGCCCAGAAAUGAUUGUCUGUCUGUCUGUUCAUAUAUUUAUAGAUAUAGCAACAGCUGAUUGUAUUGUAGGUGCCCUAUAAAUAGGCCGUCCACAGUACAGAAAUAAUAUCUCUCCAAUCCUAGUGAAAUUGUUUUGUACUUAAAUUAGUUACUUCCCUGAUUGAUCCAUGUUAUGUGUUAAGAUAGUGAUGCUGUUUGCUCCAUUCUUGUUAUGAUUUGUUAAUUAUUUUAAUUGUUACUGCGGAAAAAUGUAUUUGAGAAUAUGUAGUUUAUUAAAGAGUUUAAAAAGAGUGUAACAAGUGAUUUCAGUAAUUUUGUGUUAAAAAGGAGUAUUUUACAUUUUUUACCAAUCUAAAUAGGCAAAGUUUUCAAAUCUGUAUGAUGUUAAAAGAAUGCACUCAAAAUGAAAAUGUCAUAUUAAUCCUUAUUUUAGUAUAAUAAAAUCCUGAGAGUGCACAAUUUAAAUAACUCACACUGCACUUUGGGUGAUUUAAGUAAUUAUUGCGUAAGACUGGCAACAUUUGUCAUCCUAUGAACGUUUUACUACUCUAUCAAUAUUGUAUUUUAAAUACAAACCGUACAUAAAUCAUCUGUCAGUGAUGAUUGUGUAAUAGUGUCAAUGGAGCAAGCAACUCUGAAACAAUGGUCUGAAGAAGUUAUUGUCAUAAUAUUUAGUGUCGUUUUAGCAUAACAGCAUAUGUAUCAUGUGACUUUUGUAGAGAUAUUAUUUGUACAUAUUACUAACAGAAAUAAAUACCAAUAUAACCUA